AUGUCAGCACCUCCACAAGAAGACGAUUUGGUGAUUCGAAGUCCAGAACUUCCAUUCGUAUCCGCAAUAAUUGGCGGAGUUUUUCCUGGCAGAUCAAUUGUCGUCAGCGGAAUGGUUUUACCUGGCUUUGCAUCUGAUCAGAAGCGUUUUCAAAUCAAUUUAUGCUGUGGGUUAUUAAUCGAUGGCGAUCAUAUGGAUAACAAAGCACUUCAUGUGAAUCCAAGGUUUGAUGAAAAAUCGGGAUGGUUUUCUGGAGCGCCGGAUAACAAAUUGGUCAUAAAUUCGUACGUUUCUGGAAAAUGGGGAACCGAAGAGAGAUUUGAUAAUCCAUUCGAAGAAGGAAAAUCGUUCCACGUCAGAAUUCUGGCAUUCGAGAAAUAUUUCAAGAUUUCGGCAAAUGGCAAACAUGUGUGUGAUUUCCCGCAUCGCGUACCACUCGAACAAAUUAAAACAAUCGCCAUCAAAGGCAAUAUUCGAGUCGAUUUUAUUGAAUUCAACCCACCAAAUGCGACUGAUGGAACACCAAUCCUGCCGGAAGUGCGCCGAAAUGUUAUUACAAAAAUUGAGAAACCGGCGAUUCCUUUCGUUUUGCCGCUUCCUCCAGGCGGUUUCUGUACUCCUCAGUCUGCCAAAUUCACCAUAACUCCGUUUUUGUCUUCCGAAAGAUUCACUAUUAAUUUGAUGGCAAAGGAUGAAUAUUUGUUCCAUUUCCGAGUUGAUAUGCCAAAUCCGGCGCAGAAAAUCAAGCCGGUUGUUGUUCGAAACAGCUCGAAGAAUGGUGUGAAAUGGCAGACGGAGGAGAGAAAUUUUGGAACAUUCCCAUUCCAUAAGGGAAUCACACACGAUGUUGUUUUUACUGCUUAUGGUAGAAGUGUUACGGUUGAUGUCGACGGGCAGCCAUUUAUAAAGUUUAUUUACCGAGAAGGAGAUUCUCCAGAAGACGUCGACGCCAUUACGGUGACUGGUGAUAUGCUGCUUCAUCGCUUUGAACAUUCAAAUUAA